CAUUCUCACCGUCAAAAUAAGAAUGGAUGUUGAGAUUGAGAAAAGAAUACGACGAAAAAGGAAAGAGGGAGAGAGAUUAAAUUUGGAGGAAAGUAGAAGAAAAGCAAAAGAGAAAGUGUUCGUUCGAUCCAACACGUCCUCUUCGGGAUUGCACAAAACGCGGCCUUCGUCUUGUGGCGUUGACGAUUCAUUCCCCCACACCCAUUCUUCCCUCCUUCUUCUAUAAUAACAAUACACCGCACUUCUUCGUCCCUCCUUUCAUUACCUCUCUCAUUUCUCCAAUUUUCCACUCCUUCAUUCAGAUUCCAACAAACCCAUGACUGGGAAAGAGAUUCUCCACAAGAUGAAGGAAAAAGUUGGGUUGUGUUCGUCGGAUCCAGACUCAGGAAAAGGAAAGAGCAAGAUGUCCAAGCAUGUCACACAUGGUUUUCACUUGGUGGAAGGGAAAUCAAAUCAUGCAAUGGAAGAUUAUCUGGUUGCAGAGUUUAAGCAAGUUGAUCAUCAUGAGCUUGGUUUAUUUGCUAUCUUUGAUGGCCAUUUGAGCAAUACUAUUCCUGAUUAUUUGCAGUCACAUUUAUUUUCUAAUAUAAUAAAUGAGCCUGAUUUCUGGACCGAUCCAAAGAAUGCAGUCAGAAAAGCAUACGAGGAAACAGAUGCUUACAUUUUAGAAAAAGCUGUUGACUUUAGUCAUGGGGGUUCAACUGCUGUCACGGCCAUAUUGAUUGACUGUAAGACACUAGUAGUGGGGAAUGUGGGGGACUCCCGUGCCGUUAUCUGUUGUAACGGAAAGGCCAGACAAUUAUCAAUUGAUCAUGAGCCGAGCACUGAAAGAAAAAGCAUCGAGGACAGAGGUGGUUUUGUAUCAAACUUUCCCGGAGAUGUUCCACGUGUUGAUGGGCAGUUAGCGGUGGCAAGGGCAUUUGGUGAUAGGAGCUUAAAGAAACAUUUGAGUUCAGAGCCUUAUGUGGUUGUGGAGACGAUAGACGACGAGACUGAAUUUGUUAUCUUGGCAAGUGAUGGAUUGUGGAAGGUUAUGACAAAUGAAGACGCCGUAGAGUCGAUCAGGCAUAUAAAAGAUGCCCAUGCAGCUGCCAAACACCUGACAGAGGAGGCGCUCAAGAGGAAGAGCAAAGAUGAUAUCUCUUGUAUAGUUGUGAGAUUUCACUGAGUUCAUCAUGGAUUUCUAGUUGUGUCCCAACAACUGAAAAAUGGAAGGACAUAAAGAACUAGUUCCAAAGCUCCCUUGUUCUCUCUUUGAUGUAUCGGGAAUCCAAAUAAAUAUAGUUGUGGAUUUUAGUCGAAACAUUAACUUAUAUAUAUUCCUGUGUGGCUGUAUCAAAUGCUUCUCUGCCAUUGAUGUUAAA